CCAUACCUGGAAUGAUGUAUGACAAGGAUCGGAGGGUGGAUUCGAUUUGGCUGAUGGAGCUGGAAUUUUUGGUUACAAAUUCUUCAUACAGUCCUUUCAGUUUCCUCGGAUGAGAUAGAGCCGCUGGGAAUCGACUGCAGUCCUUGUUUAAGGGCUCCAUCGCGAUAUGACAGUGAAGCGUCAAGGCAGACACUGUCAGAUCUGCCAAAAGGGUGGUUGUCGAGUAGUGUUGGUUGCGGGUGGUUGAUCGGCACCGGAGAGGGAUUCCACGUGACGCGCUAUCAACAGGUGGGUGCCGAGGCAUUCGGAGAGCUUUCCAGCGCAGACAAGGUAUCAGAAACCUUAGAUUCUCCAAACAGGUUCGGUUUUCACCUCAAAACUGAAUGAAGACCACCGCAGGUAGUAGUUAAAAUUUAGAUGUACUUUAUAAUUAACGGUGUUUUCCUUAUUAUUAUAAUAAAUGCCCCAGCAACAAUAUGGAUAGCAAACAGCCGGAUGUAGCCAUUACAUAUGUAUAUAGAUGCACUUCACAACUCACUUAUUCAUCAGCAAACUUCCACAAACCCCCUGGCCGCAUCGCCUCCUUGUAUCUUUCCGCCAGCUUCUCCUGCUCAGCCAUCCUCGCCUCUUCCCGAUCACGCUCCAGCUCUUGCGUACUAGGCAUAUCCGUACGCCAGAACCCAGGCGGCGAACGCCAUCGUUCAUGAACGUGUCGGUGUUUUCCAAACUGAUUGGCAAGAUGUCUCGUUCGCGCAUCAAGAAGCAACUCCCGCAGCUCUUUUUCCGUCAUUGUCUCUAAGACGUUUCUAUUGUCGCCCAAGUAUUCAUCCAGAACUUGUCGGUCCUCCUGGUCUAAAUCCUCCAGAGAUACAUCGUUAUUACCGGCUGUCCCGAAUCCCUUGAGCUUUGCCAUGGCGCGGAAACCUUUCCCACAGCAUUGUGGGCGGAUGCAGCCCGGGAGGCAUUUCCUCAGGUCCUUCCUGCGAACUACCUCAUCGAAUGCAUAAUCAAGUCCCUGGUUUCUUUCUGGGUUGAGUUUGAAAUGUUCGAAUCCGAGGCGAUGAAGAGGUCUAGCUCGAAAUGGUUCAUCUUCUGGUGCCACCUCGUCGUCGGCUCGAGGCUGAUGGGGUCCGGCAGAACUGCGUAAACUCCGCGAAGUUGGAGGAGGGGGCUGUCGCCCGGAUCGGGCCCUCUUCUCGAUACCCUGCGGCCGAGCAGUCCGGGGAGUGAUGGACCUUGCCGAAAUCUUACUUGGGGUUCCAAGGGGUGAGUUAUCCGAAACCUCAGGGUUUCGAAAGGGGGAGGCCAGUAUUGGUUGUGGCCGUGGCGCACCUUCUAGAAGAUCUUCGAGGCGACCAGCAGCAGGGGAUUUCGAUAUCUCAAUUUUAGAGAUCGUGUGCAGUUUUCCAGUUCAUACCGUCUUUGUUUGGCCCCUUGAUUCGGGGUAUGCCCGUCUCCUUGUUGAAUAGAAGGAACAUUGGCAUUCACCGGCUGAAGGGCUAAGCGGCGCUUGGUUCCCGCUAAUGGCCGCUGAUCCAAAUUUGGUGGCUUUAUUCUGACAUUUUCUCGCUCAUCAAAGGCAGGAAAACGAUUGUCUGAUUGUUGAGCAGGUGGACUAUCAGCAUGGUCCCUUGGUAUAAAAUCAAAUUUGCCUUUUUCGCGGGUACUCAGAUCUAAACAGUCAUCGUCGCUAUCCCCCUCGAUAUCGUUAUUAUUGUUUGUCCUAUGGGUCCUCUCAAGAGGGCUACUUGACGUAGGCUCGCUUUUCACAGUAACAGGUGUGGUAAAACUGCCAGUCUCGUGGAGGCCUGCGGCAUUAUUCAACACUGGAUGUUGAUUUCCCCUCCCCCUCCCCUUAACUGGCCUUGACGAAACGAAAAUCGGGGUCUCGGCGGGGGGAGAACUUGGAAAUAUAUGCGGCUCGACAGCGUAUCGGGGAUCUUGUGUUUGGGUUGACAUUAUAUCCGAGGAGCUCAGCUCUGAGGAAUGCUGCUGAAGUGACUCUCCAGUAACGCUUCCCGCUCGGGUGUUUGGACUGGGUAGGGUGGGUAAUUGGGGUUCUCGCGCCUUUUCCAAUGUUCCAAUGGCCGUAUUCUCCUCGACCAGACCGUUUUCAUGCAUGUGGGGUUGGCGUAUUUGACCCGGAGAUCCAAGUGUAGAUAUACCGGGUGUAGAUACGGCUUCAUUCUGUCCAGGACGAUGGUGUCUCACUGGGCAAUGAGCCGCAAUUGUAUUGUCCCUCCGAAAAACAGUCUUUUUCCCAUGAACGUAAACAUCAAAUGUAUCGCGUUCGAAGCAUUUGUUCCACAAAUUGACCUUGCUUUUGCAACUCCUCAGCUUCUUCUUCACUGUGAAGAAGGAUUCAAUUAGGCUAGCAUUUUCUUGAAAAAGUUGCUCAUAGCGCUUCGCUAGACUCGCAUAAUGUUCGUAAGAAAUCGUUUCAGGUUUCUCUGCUGUACCCCCGAGAUCAUGAAUAACCGAAUGUGGAGCAUAUUGCUGUCUGUUUUCGAGUAGCCUUUUCUCUACUUCAUCAACAGAGUCAGUGUCAGUCGUUUCAAUAGCUUCGAGCUGUCGUUGCAAGUCUGAAUUCUCCGUUUCCAAAACUUUAAUCUGCUUCGCAUGCUCUUCGAGCUUUGUUGCCAGCUCCACAUUCUCUUGCUUCCAUUGUCGACAUUGGUUGAUGAGGCCGCCAACCUGCUCUGCAAGAUUGCUGAAAUCACCUCCCUCCAUUGGGGCUUUCUCAGAGACAAUAGCGAAUAAUGGAGGUGAUCAUAACUCCCAGCUGUUAGGGCGCCUGGAGAAUAGUUGGUCCCCAGAAAACGUAUUAGAAUAUUGCAACGCACUGGGACUUAAAGCAAUUAGACCAACCCCCGUUCCACGGUGGUGGUGCACUGUUUUCGGAGGGAGCCCGAAAGACGCGCUUGGAGCGCGUGCAACCAGAACGAUAUCACGUGGCGAUAAGUCUGCGCCGAUAAGAGGCGCUCGCCAAAACCAACUUCCAGCACCAUCGCACCCAGUCAGACAGUGAAUCGAUAUAUGUAUUGGUAGUCUGUCUUUUUUAUGGAUUAACGUAUUUGAAUUCCUUUUCGUCCCCGUAAAAUGUCGAAACGUCGCCUUGACGACGUCCAAACAGCAAAUGCGCCGCCGGAGAAGCGAGUGCGUGCUGACGAUUCUCGAAAGAAGGAUCUUCUAUCAGGACUGAGCGAUGAGCUCAUACUUCAUAUCCUGAGUUUCCUACCUACUCAGUCGCUGAGUAUAUGCCAGAGAUUAUCACAUCGAUUCCAUGGACUCGCCGGCGAUUCGGAAUUAUGGAAGCAGAAAUACUACUCGCGCUGGGUAUGGCCUCGAGCCCGCCGUAUUCGUCAUCUUAAGGACUCGGGCCUCGCCUCCAGCACCACGCCCAGGCCUAUUGGAUAUACCCCAAGGCCGUCGAGGUGGAUUGGCCAUGAACAUUUAGCUACGAAUCUAGAAAAUACGGAUUGGAAGAAACAGUAUCGUUUGCGGCAUAACUGGUCCAAAGGGUCUUGCCGGGUCACUGAAGUCGAGGUCGCACAACCGUCGGUCCCGCCGGUGUUAGUGAAACUAUGCAAAGGGGUAGUGUUCACAGCCGAUGCGGGUAAUGGGCUUCGCGCGUGGACUACUGGAGACACGAAACUGUGUCUGGCUAAGUUGUCAUUUUCUGAUAUGAGGGAAGGGAAGGGCUCCUGCAGCGCACCCACGGCGAUUUCCGUGACGGCAGAGGAUGGCCCCCAUGGCGAUUUCGAAGUCAUUGUUGGAUUCGAGGAUGGGAGUUACAGCGUAUAUUCUUUAAGCUGCGACAGUGCGCGUUUCCAUUUCCGCUACUCACAUCCCGCAUCAUCGAAUGGCGCCAUUACUGCUCUUGCAUCAUCAUCCUCGUAUCUCUUUGCACUAUCCCAGAACCAAACAGUGUCUCUCUACCGAUUUUGUGCUUUUGCAAAGGGGAAGGGGGAAGUCCAAGAACAAACGAUGAAAUCGCCAACGCUAAUCGCCUCCCUUAAAGCCCACAAUAUAUACGCACCACUUUCGCUCUCCAUCCGGUCAUUAGCUACCGAAAUCAUUGCAUCCAUAGUAUAUAGCUUCCCCCGAAUAGGUUGCGGAUGGUCAGUUGGGCUGCAGGAACUCCGACUAAACCAUGAUGGUGAAAACCUAGGAAGCCGGCUCGCAACCACGGUCGAUCUCCAAUUCUGCGCCAGCCCCUUUAAUUCCCCGACAAUAAAAAUACUAAAUAACAGAGGCAACGGCAAAACGCGCCAUAAUAUCCAUAGAAACAGCGGUAAAAAUGACUCCAUCGUCAUCAGUACUUCCUCCGCGCCCCUUAGCCCAUGUCUCUCAUACACACAACCGCCCACCUCGAUCUCAUACAGCCAUCCAUACCUCCUCACCUCCCACGCGGACAACACGUUGACGAUGUACCUCGUCGUCUCCACCGCUGACGCGCUCAUGAUCAAAACGGGGCGUCGGCUCUGGGGGCACACGUCCUCGGUAUCUGGCGUGCAGGUGAGUGAGCGUGGGAGGGCAGUCUCCGUCAGCUCGCGCGGUGGCGAGAUUCGUAUUUGGGAACUGGAGGAUAUGAUAUCGUCGUCGUUUCCCUCGGCGCGGAUGGUGCGCAGAGAUAGUAGUGUUCAGAUCAGCGCUGAGAAUGAAAAUCGUAAUGGAAAUGGAAACGACGAAACCAGUGCGGAUGCGGAUGCGGAUGCGGAUGCGGAUACGGGGCGGUGGAAAAGACGGCGGUUACAGCAACCUUUGGAGCUAGUUUCUGAAGCCAUUGAGCGGCGCGGGGAUGGACUAGGGCUUGCGCUGCAGGAUGUGUCGAGGGAGCUGGCGUUGGCGGCACGAAUGAGGGGGUGGGUGGGAUUUGAUGAUGAGCGGGUUGUGGUGCUUCGUGAGCGGGAAUUGGGGACGCAGUUGCUGGGUUGUUAUGACUUUACGUAGAAGGAUUGUCGCUUUUUAAGUUCAUAUUUAGCUGAAUCAGAUGGUAAAUUGAGUCUGAUAGUUAUCUAUCUACUGCGUAGAUUCAUAAAUAGCUCCUAGACUUCAACAUACGUAGUAAGCACGUGUACCUGCACAUGUACAUGUGCAUGGGCCCCUCAGGAAAAAUAUCUUGCUUUUUUAAUAGACGGUUUAUACAGCUCUCGUCCUCUUCUCGUGGCCGGUGGGUGUCCUUUGCUCACGAUUGUACAGGACAGACACACCACGUACAGUCUUAGGACUCCAAAUGUUCAAAACUCAGACGAACUUCCACGGAGCUUUCUGUAUAUCUAUCAUCUAGGUGUACAAUAUGAGUGGACAUGUGUCCUGGGCCAUUCCUGCCUCUCUGCUGUCUGAUGAGGGGGAUGUUUGCAGUCCUAGAAGUAGAAGCUAAAAAAUAGAAUAAAAAGUUAAAAAGUAG